AGUCCCAUACUCCCUAUUUAUCAUGUCAAAGAUUUUAGGAUUUUAGUGUUACUGAGGUUACAUGGAGUUUUUUACAUCUUUCUAUAAUAAAUUAUAAGAAAAAGUCACCUAUUUUUAUGUCCAUUCAAAUUUUUGUGAGGAAAAUGUCUCAGAAUGUUAUAGUAAAAUUGGUAAAUAAUGCCGAAAAGGCUGAAAAACGUUUAUCCGAGCUUAAAAGUAAGCUAGAACAAGUGAAGAGGUUUAAAGUAGAAGAGAAAAUCAAAGAACUAACACAAGAGAAUAAUUUUUUGUUGAAAAAAGUUGAAGAAGCAAAGAUUGAGUUGAUAAGAUUAGAAACGCUGAAUGGCAAGAAACAAUAUUCAUUGCCUGGAAAAACAGUAACGAUAACCAAUAAUGUAAACAUAUCUAAAUCAGAGCAAGAGAAUGUAAAUGAUAGUCAAGUCCAUGUUGACCAAAAAGAGAAAAAAGAAAAAAAUGCAAAGAAAACUAAAGAGAAAGCAACUACACCUGCAACUACUGAUCUUGUUGAUGUUCGGAAGUUAGACCUGCGGAUUGGAAAAAUUGUUGACAUUGGCAAACAUCCAGAUGCAGAUACUCUGUAUGUUGAAAAGAUUGAUUGUGGUGAAGACAACCCUCGGACAGUAGUAUCAGGUCUUGUGAAUCAUGUCCCCAUUGAUGAGAUGAAGGAAAGGAUGGUUAUGGUUCUAUGUAAUUUAAAACCUGUUAAGAUGCGUGGUGUCACCUCUGAAGCGAUGGUCAUGUGUGCCAGCUCACCUGAGAAAGUUGAAGUUCUUAUUCCACCAAAUGGAGCUGUACCUGGGGACCUAGUCUCAUGCGAAGGGUACCCUCGGGAGCCGGAGCCUCUGCUCAACCCUAAGAAGAAGAUAUUUGAAACCUGUGCCCCCGACCUUAAAACCAAUGAUGAUGGUGUAGCGUGUUAUAAAGGAAGUCCUCUAGUAGUGCCUGGUAAAGGCCCUGUUAAAGCAUCCACUCUUAAAGGGGUGAAUGUGAAAUAAUUUUAAGCCAGUAUGCAUUUUUUGUACAAUUUAGAUUUCUUUACAAUAAAUUAUUAUUUAUUGAUUACA